UAAUGUUGAAAAUUGCUUUCAUAAAUGGUACUGAUAGAGGCAAUAGGGCUAUUUUUGAUUCCCGCACUACUUUUUUAUGAUUCUCUUUAAAUGCAAACGUGUUAUCAAGCUUUGAUAUUUCAAUGUCUUGCUUCACUUAUUCAGUCCAUAGAGAAUGUGACACUUUGAAAUAACCCACUGAAGUAACUAAUGAAUCUAGAGAUUCUGAAGAGGGCUACCCGGUGACCUCUAGAUUUUUUGGCAGGACCCUCAUGUCCGUAGAGUAUGAAUGGCGAUUCAUCUUUCACUGAGACUUGUCGCGAGUCAAUGUCGUUGGAGAAUAAUAUAAACAAUGACAAUGGAUCAGGUUCUGUCUCCUCCGAGCAACUUUCAUUUUUCAGUAGUUUUUGUGUUUCAAGUUAGUGGCACUUCGGUCGACUCGGGUGUCUCUUGUUGAAGUGAUUCGAUUGUGCUUCUUUUCUUUCUCUUGGGGUGGAAAUCCCGAAGUUAACCCAUCGACAAAUAGUAAAAUGUCAAGUACGAAAGGUAGCCAAUUAGAGGACGACAUUGUGAGCCAAAUCGAGGUUGAUCGCGUUUAUGAGGACAAUGCCACCAUCCCCCGAUCAGAUGUGAAAGAGGUCGUAGCGGCUGUUUUAAACGACCUCUAUUCUGAGCAUUCAAGAUCAAAUGCAGCUCUAUUAGAAAGAUCAAGUUCGAGAGGUAGUCAAUACUCGAACCGUUCUCGUCCUCUAAGUCGGAAGACCUAUCAAGCCCCGCAACCCCCACCCAUUUCUACUGUUCCAAGUAGGAGGAGUAGCGUUUCUUCGAAGGCCUCUCACGUGAGCUCAAAAGUGCCGCAGAAGAAGAGCUGCAAGGGAAAAUGUCAAGACAUUUGGAGUACGCCAGCAAAGAGGCGUCAAUGCCUGAUAUGGAGCCUGUUUGGCCUCAUGGUUUUUUUCACCUUGCUCCUCGUCCUCAUAAUGGUGGUAAAAUUCACGACAGGAUUCCCGUCCUCUAUUGAGGACAACGUUAAGGAGGAUUCCACCGAAGUCGUUUUUUUGGACCGCACACAAAAGUUGGAAGUAAAACCAGGGAGGCCGAGAAAGGAGAGUCCAGCUUUGGAGGAGCAUUUGUUUAUGCUCAUUGGCGGCUAUGACGAAGAAGGUCAUGACUCAACAGAGAUAUAUACCCGAUUGGGUCCAUGUCUCUUGCCUGAUGGAUACCCAGCCAUUUUACCUCUUGGUUUGAAAGGUCACAUGGUUGCAUUGGCGAAAAAUCAAGUCAUUUUGUGCGGCGGUAGAAGCGUGGUCGUGAAUAAAAUUGGGCGUUCGUGCUGGAGCUAUAGUAAAAGCAGCAACCAUUGGGUAGAAAUCCCGGGUCUGCGGGUUCCUUUGGGAUAUGGGGCCGCAGCCGCUUUGAACGAACACGUCUACUUCAUGGGAGGCAUGGACAACGAGAAACGGAAGUCUCCAAAAGUCCAGAUCCUCAAUGUGAAAUCUUACGCGUGGGAAACUGGACCAAGCUUGCCUCAUCCGGUUUGGGGACACUGCGCCGUGACCUCGACGGACGGUCAAAUCAUCGUGGCCGGAGGUUGGACAAUGAGAGCUGUGCGAACGGGGCUCAAGAAGACCAUGAGACUGAUGCGAUCGGGCAAAGAUUGGGAAAUGUAUCCUCUCAUGAAAGUCGGAAGAGCGACCCAUGCGUGCACUGCCACGAAUUACGCGUUUGACACGCCAGUGGUGCUUGUGGCCGGGGGAAUGGACUAUUUCCAUGCUCCUGUGAGGUCAGUGGAGAUGUUGAUCCUAAAUGAAGAUGAACCUCGAUGGGUCUCAUUGCCAGACUUGAUGGAGCCAAGGGCGUGGUAUCCUACGCUGGGCGUUUUGGGAAACCACAUGGUUCUGAUCAACGGAAAAGGACCGGCAGGAUUCCCCAGGGAUACUGCCCAAAAAUACCAAGCCAAGGCCAAAAAUUGGACCAUGAUCGAGGGACGGACCCAAUUACGACGAGCUGAUGGCCGUGGAGUCUUGAUUCCGGUCACGUGGUUUCCGAAUUGUCUGCGAUAAAUCAUUCUUUAUUUCACAUUAAACAUCCGUUUCGAUUUCA